AUGGCCGACGCACCGGAGCAGCCUACGCCAGACCCACCCACACCGCCGCAGGAGGCUAUCCAAAGGCCUAAGAAAAAUAAGAAAGGCCGCAGGAAGAAGCCGAAGAAAGCCGCCGCCGCCGCUGCCGCCCCCUCCUCCUCUGGCGCCACCAUGGUCGAGGAUCCCUUCCUCGUCCUCGCCGGCGGCAAGGAAGGAGGGUUCCUGGAGCUGGAGGAGAUCGACGGGGCCGACUUCGGGAUCUUCGGGAGCUUCGUGGAGGACGUGGGAGCAAGUGAGAAGAAAGCGUGGAAUGACCAGAAGAAGAAGAAGAAGAAAAAGAAACGCAAGCGAGGGGAUGCCAAGCGCUUGGAUGGGGAUGUAGGCGGCGAUGGUGAUGGUGAUGGCGAUUGUGCAGGCGAUUUGGUAGCUGAGAGCGAGGAGGAGGGUGAGAAGGGUGAGAAUAAAAGAAAGAGGAAGAAGAGGAACAAGAAGAAGAGGAAGGUGAAGGAUAAUGAUUCAGAGAGCAAGGAGGACGUUGCUGAUGACAAUGUGGAAGAUAUGCAAGAUGACAUUGAAAAUAUGGAACAAGACAACAAAGAGGAGGUGAAAUUGGGUGAGGAUGAACUUUAUGCGUGGCUAGAGCUAAGAUUGCAUCCCCUUCUUAUCAAGGCAAUGCACAGGCUUGGGUUCAAUGAACCAACACCUAUACAGAAGGCUUGCAUUCCUGCAGGGGCUCACCAAGGCAAGGAUGUUAUUGGAGCAGCUGAGACAGGUUCUGGCAAGACACUUGCUUUUGGUCUCCCUAUUUUGCAGCGCCUUCUGGAAGAACGAGAUAAGACCACAAGAUUACAUGUAGAAGAUGAAAAAGUGGCGGAGGGAAGUUCUACAGGAGGCCCACUCAGAGCACUUAUUUUGACACCCACCAGAGAACUUGCCAAACAGGUCUGUGAUCAUCUAAAAGAAGCAGCUAAGUUCUUAGGAAUUCAUGUUGUUCCUAUCGUUGGUGGUUUAUCCAUGGAAAAGCAAGAACGACUUCUGAAAAAGAAACCUGAAAUUGUUGUUGGAACUCCAGGAAGAUUAUGGGAGCUAAUGUCAUCAGGCAAUCAGCACCUAGUUGAGCUGCAUUCAUUGUCAUUCUUCGUGUUGGACGAGGCUGAUAGAAUGAUAGAGCGGGGUCAUUUUAAAGAAGUGCAAUCUAUCAUUGAGAUGCUUCCAUUAUCCAAUAGUUCUGAUGAGCAAACUGUAAAAGCCACAUCAAGCUGUGAAACUGUGGCAAAUUUGCAAAUAAAGAAGAGGCAAACCUUUGUCUUCUCAGCAACGCUUGCACUUUCAGCUAAUUUUCGCAAGAAGUUGAAGCGUGGGCUUUCUACUUCAAAGGCAUCGACGGCUGAUGAUCUUAGUUCUAUUGAAGAACUUUCGAAGCAGGCUGGUAUGAAACCUAAUGCAGAAAUAGUUGAUUUGACAAAUGCUUCGAUCUUGCCGGAGAAACUUGAAGAAUCAUUCAUCGAGUGUAGUGAUGAUGAUAAGGAUGCCAACCUUUAUUAUAUAUUGAGUGUUCAUGGGCAAGGCCGCACGAUAGUAUUUUGCACAUCGAUUUCUGCACUGCGUCACAUUUCUUCCUUAUUACGCACUCUUGGAAUAAAUGUCUUGACAAAUCAUGCUCAAAUGCAACAAAGGGCUCGCAUGAAGGCUGUGGAUCGUUUCCGUGAAGGCGAGAACUCCGUUUUGGUCGCGACUGAUGGUUUUGCAAGGGGCAUGGACUUUGAUAAUGUUCGAACUGUUAUCCAUUAUCAACUGCCACACUCAAGUGAUGUUUAUAUCCACAGGAGUGGAAGGACAGCGCGUAAAUCAUUGACUGGCUGCAGUAUUGCAUUAAUCUCCCCUGCUGACAAAGCCAAGUUUUACUCUCUUUGCAAGUCAUUUUCAAAGGAGAACCUGCAGCAGUUUCCUGUUGAUCAGGCCUACAUGCCUGCAAUAAUGAAUAGGCUCUCCCUUGCUCGGCAGAUUGACAAGAUAUCAAGUAAAAGUUCAAAGGAAAAUGCUAACAAAUCCUGGCUUCAGAGGAAUGCUGAAUCCAUGGGUUUGAUAUUGGAGGCUAGUGACAGCGAGGAAGAACGUGUACGGGGCCACAAGCAACGAAAGGCGACUUCGGCACAGCUCCAGAAACUUCAGCAGGAUUUGAAUGAACUCUUGCAACAUCCCUUGCAGCCUAAGACAUUCUCACGCCGCUAUUUGGCCGGGGCUGGUAUUUCACCAUUGCUUCAAAAGCAACUAGAAGAGUUGUCCAAAAGGAAUGUAAACAGUAAUAGCAGUAAUGACAAUAAUAAAGGAUCGCGGUUUGUUAUUAUUGGCCAGGAUCGUGUGGAACCGUUGCAAGCUCUUCAAGAUUCUGGGCAAGAGAUUUGUGUGAACAUGGACAAGCAAAGGGAGAAGAGAAGACUUGCUGAGAAUUGGAGGCGAAAGAAACACGAAGAGAAGAAAAGCACACGAGAACAAAAGAGAAAGGACAGGAGAAGUGCUAAAGAGAGAGACUGA